UGUAGGAGAAGAUUACAAACCUUGUCAGGGAAUAUAGGUGGGGUGUUGGAGUAUUGCGAUAAAAUGUUGAAUUGAGUAAUGUUUUUCUGAAUGAGUGCAUGGAUGACAAUAGGCUCCGAAUAGAAGACGUUUGAGAAUUAACAAUAUUACAUGAGAGGUGGAAUGAAUUUGGACAGAAUCGCAGAGACCGUGAGACCCCCACCGACGCGCGACAUGGCCUCUACGUUUCACUUGCCGAGAACUGCAAACAACACUCGAGAAACGUUGGAGAACUCAAGCAGCGAGUCAUCAGAUACUGAAAUAACAGAAAAGGAGAGGAGUGUAGAACACAGAAGUGACGAUGGAAACGCCGAUGACGCCAAAAAGAAGAAAGCGAGGCGGCAGAGGACUCAUUUCACCAGCCAGCAGCUGCAGGAGCUCGAGGCCACCUUUCAGCGGAACCGCUACCCCGACAUGAGCACGAGAGAGGAAAUAGCUGUGUGGACCAACCUCACCGAGGCCAGAGUCAGGGUGUGGUUCAAAAAUCGCAGGGCCAAAUGGAGGAAGCGUGAACGCAACCAGCAAAUGGACCUGUGCAAGAACAGCUACCUGCCCCAGUUCAGUGGCCUCAUGCAGCCCUAUGACGACAUGUAUCCCACCUACACCUACAACAACUGGACGAACAAAGGACUGACCCCGGCUAAUCUGUCCACAAAGAACUUCACUUUUUUCAACUCAAUGAGCCCACUCACAUCCCAGUCAAUGUUCUCAGCUCCUAACUCCAUCUCCUCUAUGACUAUGGCCGGAAGUAUGGGGGGGCACUCGGCUGUACCGGGGAUGCCAACUGCGGGCCUGAACAACAUCAGCAAUUUUAACGGCAUCGGCACCGCUACAAUCAACUCAGCCAUGUCCUCGUCGUCCUGUCCGUAUGGGCCUCCCGGUUCCCCUUACAGCGUAUACAGAGACACAUGUAACUCUAGCCUGGCGACCCUGAGACUGAAAUCGAAACAGCACCCAACCUUUGGAUACAGCGGGUUGCAAAGUCCCGGGUCUAGCCUUAACGCCUGCCAAUACAACAGCUGACAUAUCAGCCGUGAUGAAAAUCAUUUGCAGACAGCUCUAAACCUAGUAGCCUAGCCUACCUGCGAAUGGAGCGAAAGACAACUAAACUGGAUUAGUUGCAAUCAUUUAUUUUUCAAAUGAAUUAUGCGGGUUGUAGCCUAUGUGUUUACCAAUGAACUUGUAGGCUACAACAAUUUAAAUGUCCAUGUUUUUUGGAUUUAAAAGUGAUGAUGAAGAUGUGUUACAUUGCAACGUUGUACAUUAGCCUACAUAAGAAACAGACAAAGGAUCUCCUAUGCAUGUUCGCUUACUUGCUUUGAGGGCUCAAACCCAUUUGAACUGACUUGUAUUGGUCCAAGCCAGCGUUUCCCAAACUCGGUCCUAGCACUACACAGCUGAUUCAAAUAUUCAACCAAAACCCCCUUGGGGUCCUGAGUACCGAGUUUGGUAAACGCUGGCCUAGGCCCUGCACUCUUGGUCUUGGAUUAGAAACAGUUUGGUAAAUUUGGAUUAGAAACCAAGAAGUGCAACACAUAUAACUAGACAUAUCCGGACUCUGUAGAAUAACAAUUUUAUUGUACAUAGCUCAGACUUUUAUGUUGCUCAUGUGUUUUACCGUUUAUGCAGGGGGUGCCACUGGCCCACCCAAUUGUGUCCUGUUUCUGUAGCAUGACUUUACCUUUACAUGCUCUGUCUGGAGUAUUUUCGUUUUAUUUGUUUGCUAAAAAUAGAAUUUCUGCAUUUUUAAUUUGGGUGCAAAGUGUUUUGUACGAGUUGAUAGUAAUGUAAGAUAAAGCAAAAUCCAUUAUACUGUAUUCAAAAGGUGAUUGAAAAGUAACUUCAUGUGUUUAUGGUAAUAUGUUUGAAUAAACUACAGCAGAAAGAAGUGCACUUCAGAUAUUAAACGAGGGAAAAGGUAUACAUGACGAAACAUAAUAUGUUCCACGUUUAUGGAAUAAAAGAUAGGAGUGCAAAGUAAACAGCCUAUAAUUCAUUAUUUCAGGGAUGACAACUCAAACCAAUUUUCACCUGCACACAUUUAAACCCCCCUAGAGCACCGCUUCCCAAACCUGACCAUGUAAAAAAAUGUUUUUUUUAUAUAAUUACAAAUGAUAGGGCUAUGAAACUUUUUUAAUUAGGGCUAUGAAAGUCUUUUACAAAUCAGUCUGACAGGACCUUUGACAGUAUUUCAAUCUGAAGUAUGGUGGUUUGAAGUGACUGACAUAUGAAUCAGAAAGGUAUUGGCAAUCAUUUUGUAUGAUAUUCUGUGUAGAAAAUAACAUCCCCUCUGGGCACAGACAUCAGUUCAACGUCUAGUUUUUGAUUUACAUUUGGUUGAGUUGUCAACUAACGUGAAAUCAACGUGAAAUUAACGAAACAUUUCACCAUGUCAUUGAAUUUAUGCUAAAGGUUGGGUAAAACAAAUACGUAAUUCCCUUAGUUGAUGGCUUUUUGAAAAUCCAAUCAGUUUUUCCAGGUUGAUUGUACAUCAUUACAUAUAUUUUUUGGUUGAAAUGACGUGGAAACAAUGCUGAUUCAACCCGUUUUUGCCUAGUGGUCAUCUUUAACCAGGUAUCCAUGCAAAGUAGGCUACAUGUCAGAUAAUAAAAUGUCACAGCAUAUUUUAUCGGUAAACUUUCCAUAUGUUGACAAAACUAAAUAAACCUACCUUUAA